CACUCUGUCUGACUAUUCUUAGAAAACUUACUUAUUUCCAUUUUCCCCACCUCUUCCUUGUUAUAUAAUUACCUACAUAAUAUUGUAUCCAGUCCUAUUGUAAACUUAGAAAUGGCAUCUUCAGCUGACAAGUAUCGUUACCUUUUGAAUGGAGAAGGAGAGAAGGAUACCAAGUGGAAGUUUGGUGUUCCUCCUAACUACAAUGUUGUUAACAAACUCUUUGAAGAAGGCAGAACCAAGAUUUGGCCUCCUGGGUCACUUGGAGAACAAGUGCAAAACCUUGUAAAGACAUGGGAAAUGGAGAUUUUUCAUAAGGUCGACAUCAAUGAUUACAAAACACUUGAUCCUGAAAAGUAUACCUUCAGCCUUAAUGGAAGGAAAGGUAUAAAUCUGAAAGAAAUAGGAAAGCUUGGAGGAGGAUAUAUCCCAUUGUUGCAAACCUCAUUGCCUGAAAGUUCCAGAGGUUAUGAUCCAUACAAAGAAACAUCAGAAUCAUCUCACAAGGCUUUCACCACAACUUUUCCUCGUGGUUUUGCUUUGGAGGUUCUUCAUGUUUACUCAGGGCCUCCUGUUAUUGUUUACAAGUUCAGGCAUUGGGGGUACAUGGAAGGUCCUUUCAAAGACCAUGCUCCAACUGGUCAACUUGUUGAAUUCUAUGGAAUGGCAAUUUUUGAGUUGGAUGAGCAUAAGAAAAUUGUGAAGGUGGAGUUUUUUUAUGACCCUGGAGAACUAAUUGGAGGCCUUUUAAAAGGAGCCAAAUUGGAAACUUCUGCUGAAGGGGUGGGUUCUAGUUGCCCAGUCCUGAGAAACACAGGAUAGUUUGUCUCGUAUAUCACAAACUGUUCAAGCGACAAUGAUGAUAUUGUAAUUUAAGAAUAGCAAUGCAGCUUUUGAAAUUGUGAUCAAUAAUCUAUAUGUCUUUAUAGGCUUGUUCUAAUAAGAUGUAGUGUAUGACAUUAUGAAUAAGAUUCUUGGAAUUUUUCUUUUGUUAUA